GGCUUUACAUUCAGUGACAAUGGAUGGCUGAGGCGGAGGGAGACAGACCACUGCACUGCCUCCCCUGUCGGAUCAGAGCGGAGCACAGCACACCGGGUCACCGAGGACAGCGCUUCACUCGCGGCUACGCUCUGCGCCUCUGCUCGCUGCCGGAGCCUGGAUGUGAUUCUCCAGAUUUUGGGAUAGUUUGGAUGGAGAUUGCACGCGGACAGAUCCUGCUGUAGACCCUGGUGCUCCGUUGAGGGCGGAAUGGCUCAGACGUUGCAGAUGGCGAUUCCAAACUUUGGGAAUAACGUUCUAGAGUGUCUGAAUGAGCAGCGGCUGCAGGGGCUGUACUGCGACGUGUCUGUGCUGGUGAAGGGACAUGCCUUCAAGGCCCACCGUGCAGUACUGGCUGCUAGCUCCUCGUACUUCAGAGACCUGUUUAACUCUGGGGUGAAGAGCUCAGUGGUGGAGCUGCCCCCUGCUGUUCAGCCACAGAGUUUUCAGCAGAUUCUGUCCUUCUGUUACACUGGGCGUCUCAGUAUGAGCGUGGGAGACCAGUUCGUCCUCAUGUACACUGCGGGAUUUCUACAGAUACAGCAGAUCAUGGAAAAGGGCACCGAGUUCUUCCUUAAGGUUUCCUCUCCCAGCUGUGAUUCGCAGGGCCUUCACACGGAGGAAGCUCCGCCCUCAGAGCCACAAAGCCCUGUCACUCAAACUUCAGGGGGCGGAGUCUGUGGAGUGGGGGGCGUGGCCUCAAUCACAGGCAGACCUACUUCCUGCCAGACACCCCUCCCCCUGGUGUCAAAGGUCAAGACAGAGCAGACUGCCUCCACACCUCAACCGCAGGAGGGCUCUCUGUAUUCGGUGGUGUGCACUCCAGUGGCCAAGCGUCUGUGGGAGGGGUCCAGUCGUGACGGAGGGGGCGGGGCCUCUGGAGGAGGAGGCGGGGCUUCCGGUGGAGGGGGUGGAGCCAGGAAAGCGGCACGUUUCUCCUCCUCAAACCUGAACCAGGAUCCCGGGUCGAUGAGAGCCCCAGCUCCCUCCUCCACUAACAGUAAUCACAACAGUAGCAGCGCAGGGACACCAGAGGGCGCCAGCCCCGGCACAAUGAGCUUGUACGCUAGCCCCUCUUGUGACUCCCCAAACAGUUUCCACGAAGAAGAGGAGGAGGAGGAAGUGGAGGACAGCGAAGAGCAGUACCGCCAAAUCUGUAACAUGUACAACAUGUACAGCAUGCUCAACGCUAACGCUGCAGUAGUGGCGGAGCGCGUGGAGGCCCUCCCAGACCUCCCUCCAGACUCGGCCCAGGGCAGAGGCUCUCGUGGGGGCAGACCUCGUUCGGAGCUGGCCUGUCUGCCCCCAGAGCUGGUGUCUCAGAUUGGGCAGAGGUGCCACCCACGUCUGUACGAGGAGGGGGACCCCGCAGAGAGACUGGAGCUCGUCAGUGGGACCAGUGUGUUCAUCUCCAGAGCUCAGCUCAUGAACUGCCACGUUAGCGCCGGCACCCGCCACAAGGUGCUGCUGCGGAGACUGCUUGCCGCCUUCUUUGACAGGAGCACUUUGGCCAACAGCUGUGGCACUGGGAUCCGCUCAUCCACCAAUGACCCGAGCCGCAAACCUCUGGAUAACAGGGUCCUGCACGCUGUCAAGUUCUAUUGCCAGAACUUUGCUCCGAGCUUUAAGGAGAGUGAGAUGAAUGCGAUUGCGGCGGACAUGUGCACCAACGCCCGCAGAGUUGUGAGGAAGUCCUGGAUACCCAAACUGAAGCUGCUGAUGGCCGACUCCGACAUGACCUACGCCCCCAACGCCCUCGCCAACGACCCCUUCGACCCCACCUCCUUGGACACCGUGGCCAAUAGCGGUGAGACGGUGGGAGCAGCCGGCCAAUCAGACGGGCUCGGGGGCGGGGCAAGCGACGGCAGCACUUUGUUUUAAAAGCGAGAAACUGCAGACCCAAAAGAGACUAAAGAGGUUUGUCAUAAAGUUGGACAAAGUUGGAUGAGACUUAAUUUUUUUUUUUUUACUUUUGAGAAGAAAUUCUCAAAAUUUUUAAAUAUUUCUUUUUCUUUUUUUUAAGACUUUCAUUGCGUUUUGUCUAAAUAAUGUUAUAAAGAUGGACUAUGGGGUUAAAUAGAAAGAGCAAGGUAUUGUAUGAUAGUUUUUAAACAACACCUGAUUGUCAAUACUGGCAACUGUCAGUACUUUUUAUUAAAUCAGUGUGAUUUAUCUAACAGGUAUCUACACUUCAAACUCCGGCCCUGCAGCCAGGUGUUAAGAAUCUGAAACACCUGGCUGUAAUUGGGGCAGCCCUAUGUGAUGUCACCAACUACUAGAAAUUGUAGGAGCCACAGAAGGCAGCACAAACUUAGAUUUAGGUCUUUUUGACCAGAAAGUUGCAAAUGUAUUUGGUUUGCACUAAAAUUGAC